ACUAAUCACAGUAUUUAUAGAAAUCAAAGUAUUUUUUUUCGAUAGUCAAUAGAAAUAUUCGUGUUGUCAUCAUGAAAAGUUUGAUUUGUUUUUUGAGUUUCGUGGCAAUUGCUCUGGGCGCCUUGCAAGACGAUGUCCAACAAAUGAAUCAAAUAUUACAAAUAUGCCAAAGGAAGUGGCAAAUUCCCCAAGAUAUUCUGACAUACGGAGUUGCAAAGGCAAAACCUCAGGACAGGAAUAGGAUAGGAUCAUUUGCCCUCUGCGUAUACACGAAUCUAGGAUUUAUGAACCGACAAGGAGAUUUGUUAGAUGUACAAGUUAGAGAGUAUUACAGGGAAUCAGAUCGGGCUGGAGAAAUAAAUAUUAAUGACAUACUGACGAAAUGUAGACCACCGAGAGGAACACCAGAACAAAAAGCGUUCUUCCAUGAGGAAUGUAUGGAAAACCUUCAGGCAGGAAGUCAGGAUCAAUUAGUAGAACAGUACUACGGUGCGUGUCAACAACAAUUAGGACUUUCCGAUGAGUUUAUUAAAAACAGUCAAGACAAAACAAGAUUGGGCAGCUUCUUCUUAUGCAUAUACAGCAAUUUAGGGGUCCUAAGUUCAAAGGGAGAUUUAAUUGAAAAUGAAACGACGCCCAAAUGUAGUAUGCCGCCAAAUCUGUCUCCUGCUCUAAAAGCGUGGUAUUAUCAAGAGUGCUUUAAAAAUGCAAUGCAAUAAAGCAAAACUGAAACAGAGUAAAUAAGACUGUCAAAACUAAUAAUUAUUUAAGAAUAAUAAAUGUUUAAUAAAAUUAAAUUAAG